GCCUGGUUGCGUAUUUGUCUCGCAAGAUCUGGCAACACUGGUUAUCAUUAGUAGUAUUCAGGUAUUUAAGUUAGUGGGCAGUUUCGAAUACAGCCGUGUUCAUUGGCGUCCUUGUUCAUUAUUUUAGCUCAUUUAAACACAAAGACAAGACAACACGUAGUCAUUUUCAAAAUAUAUUGACUCGUUUGCCAAUUGAGGUAUCGGGUGAGCACGGACCAUGCAGCCAUACACUCUUAGCCAGAGCUGCAGGUCACGCAGAGGUUGAAGGGCAGGUGGUCUGUGCGGUUAACCGUAAGAUCUUCUGCCAACCAAAAUGUCUUGGAUUGUUCUGGAUAAAUUAAGCGAAUCCCCCACAUGGGACGAAUGCUAUGCCACCCAUGACACCGACUCGCGGUGUCCAGAUGACGCGUCGGUGAUAACGUUGAAAUCCGAUUCAGACGAGAAACAUCCUGUUGAGCUGAAGGAUGAAGGAUGUUUUUCAGUUCCUUCGCCUCCCAAUUCCUCAUUCCCAACCCCUGCACCAUCUUCGUCACCACCUCACAAAGAUUUGCAGACCAGUUCUAUCUCUCAAAAUCAAUGGAGAGACAUCGGAGCUACUGCAUCCCACCGGAACAAGGUUAGAGAGCACCGUGGGUUCAGAGCACCCGUUUUCAUGCAACGCAGGUGUGGUGGCUGCUGCUGCUGCAAUUGUAGCCAGAGGAGAUCCAGACCAUGGAGAUCCAGACCAUGGAGAUCCAGACAAAGGAGAUUCAGACAAAGGAGACCCAAGCCAACUAGGUUCACACCAGUAACAUCAUGGCAACACCUUCCUGUGACCAUCCAGCCUACCAAGUGGUACCAGGUUGUCGGGAGAAUGCGGUGCAGCUUGUGCUACGCCCAGGGAUGGCACUAUAUGACGUCUUGGAUGUGCCAGAGCUGCCAGGUGCCCCUGUGCCUGUUGCCAUAUAGGAACUGCUACGCCGAGUGGCACGGUCAGACAUGUUGAGUCUUUCCUGGGAGCAAACAGCAGUGAAAGUUUAUUCUCUGAUUGGAUACGUUCUUGUGUUAGUGCAGCUUUAGUUAGCCUGUAGGCUUUUCCUGUUUAUCCGUUACACUCAAAUUCGUAGGCAACUUGCAAGCUGCUGAGUAUUGUGACGCAGAAUUAAUUUUGCGAGUACAUGAGAGACACCGCUUGUUUUUUUUGGAUGGUCAACAGGUUUGCACUCUGUUAGUUGUAUAUUCCCAUUGUGACUAUAUAUUUUAGGAACAACAAUUUCUAUUGGAUUCCGCUGGUUCUGUUUGUAAUUAAAUUGCAAAAGUU